UAACCUCAACCCUCGGUGGCCCGCGAGUUUUCUCUUUAAAAAAAAUUCUGGCGAAGGUGUAGAUUUGUUCUGUAUCGUCUUUACUGCUCUUAUUUGCUGCUUUUGCCGGAUACCGUUGUGUUUAGUUGUCGGCUUGCUGGUUAUUUGUGCUAGUGCAUUAUAUAUCCUUGUUCUCUGUCUUUGCUCGUUAGCAGACUCCUCUUUCUCUUGAUAUCAGCUACUCCCUACAUCCCCCCCAUCGAAUCUUCACCAUCAUGGCCGUUCGCGCACAGUUUGAAAACUCCAACGAGAUUGGUGUUUUCAGUACUCUGACAAACUCAUACUCCCUCGUCGCCGUUGGUGCGUCUGAGAACUUUUACAGUGUCCUGGAGGCUGAACUCGGAGAUGUCAUUCCUAUUUGCCACACCACUAUCGGUGGCACCAGAAUCAUCGGUCGGUUAACUGCUGGCAACCGCCGUGGACUUUUAGUCCCUACCUCUACAACCGACCAAGAACUCCAGCAUCUACGAAAUUCCCUACCGGACAGCGUGCGGAUCCAACGUGUCGAAGAGCGUCUAUCGGCUUUAGGAAACGUCAUCUGCUGCAACGACUACGUCGCGCUUGUGCACCCCGACAUCGAGCGCGAGACCGAGGAACUGAUCUCGGACGUGCUCGGCGUCGAGGUGUUUAGACAGACGAUCGCAGACAACGUGCUCGUCGGGUCAUACUGCGCGCUCAGCAAUCAGGGCGGCAUCGUGCAUCCCAAGACCUCUAUACAAGACCAGGACGAACUCUCGUCGCUGCUCCAGGUGCCGCUCGUCGCUGGUAGCAUUAACAGAGGUUCUGCGGUCGUUGGCGCGGGUAUGGUUGUCAACGACUGGCUUGCUGUCGCGGGACUUGAUACUACGGCUUCCGAGCUCAGUGUUGUGGAGAGUAUCUUCAAGCUGCAGGAUGCUCAGCAGGGUGCCAUCACUGGUUCGCUGAGAGACACUUUGAUUGAGACCUACACUUGAUUGCAGCCGCUUCUCUCACUUUUUCUCGGUCACAUAAUUUUACUUCUUUUUUGGUCUUCCAAUUAGGACAGGAAAGGAGACAGGAAAUAGAGCAUUGGCAGAAAGAUGGCUCCCGCAAAAGCUUUAUCUCGCUCGCACGGCACUUGUUAUAUACGACUCGAAAUUCUUUCUUCUUUUUAUAUGUUUUUGCGUAUCCUGUUGAUUAUAAGGCGCUGCAUUGUUCUCAAUCGAUUUUGUCUUUGUCCUCUGCUUAUGUAUAUGUUUUUCUUUUGUCACGAUAUGAACUGGUCUCCUUUUCUGUAUCUUAAUUGUAAGUUGGUGUUCUCAUUAUC